CUGCCGUCCGUCACGAAGCAGACGAUGGGGAGGCGAGGAUGGAGCCGGUGUACAAACGAUCACAGCGGCCAACAUGGUCGUGCCGCGAGUGCUCGCGUCGAAAGAUUCGGUGCGACAAGCGGCUGCCGUGCGACCAGUGCACCAAGCGAGGGCAGGCCGAUCGAUGCACCUUGGACUUUGGCGAUUCCUCCUCCUCCUCUUCCUCCUCCUCCGCCGCCGCCGCCGCUGCCGCUGCCGCCCCGAACGUGACACAGCCCUUGCCAGCUGGCCGCGACUCCUCGGCAAUGGCUUCCCCCGUUCCGAGUCAGGAGAUCCUGUCGGUUGUGUUUGCCCUGCAGAGGAGGGUGGACGAGCUCGAAAGGAGACUCGCCCGGGUAGAAGAACCCGAUGGCCAUUCAAGGUCGACGGCGCUCUCGCCCGCCGCAAAGGGCAAGAAGCGCGCGAGGACAACCUCGCUGAUCAACGGCCACGGUAACGAAGAGGAAGGCGUCACAAUGGAGUAUCUCGCCCUGGGCAAGGAUCGGGGCAAAAAGGUCAUGGAGGGAGGGGAGACCGUUCGCCCACCCUUGGCACCGUCACCGCCUCGCCGUCGCAACAUUUCUGUCCGAGCUCACCCUGACAACAUCCUCAAGAACCCCAGGCCAAGAGCUAUGCCGCCAGACAUUGUCGAGAUGCUCCUGCCCGGCCGGACUCUCGAAUACGUCAUGGCCUUUGCCCGCGACGCCGUCCAGUGGCAGCACGCCGUCGUGCAUUCUUCGACGUUUCGCCGCGAGACCGAGGCCUUUCUGAGCCUGUCCGAGGCUGACAAGUGGAUCUGGGUCAACCCUCUCUGGCUGGGUCUCCUCUUUGCCAUUCAGAGCGUGGCAGUGCAUCAGAUGCCCGACUUUGAGGCCACACUCUCGUCUCUCGUGGAGCAGGACAGGCGGAUGAAUCGGCUCGAGCCGCGGCACCAAGCGCUGGUUCUGGACCACACCAUGCCACAGCGGCUCCUCGAUGCGGCUUUGCGUUGCCUCGAAGUGGGAAGAUACCUGUCGGAGCCGAGCUUCUACACCUGCCAGGCCAUUGCCGUCCUUGUUGUGUGCGCACACAACAUCGUCACCGAUUCCAACAUCCUUGCCUCGCUCCUCGCCAUCGGCGUCAAGACUGCUCAGACGCUCAAUCUCCACCUCCUCGGGACUGAAGAGCACCGUCUCGAGUCUGAAAUCGCGCGGUACCAAGCACGCUCAGGAGACGAGGAGGAGGAGAGCCACCUGCGGAGAAAGGUGAUCCUCCUCGAAGUGGGCAAGAGAGUCUGGUGGUCCUUGACGCAGCAAGAUUACUUUUCGAUUCCCUUUCGCGGUGUGUCCUUGGUCCACCCAGACGAGUUCGACACACCGAUCCCGUCAAACGUGCACGACGACCAGCUCGAUUCUGGUCCACUCUUUGUUCCCAGCGAGGACCUGUUGGCCAACCAGGAGCUGACGCUCGUCGACAAGCUGCGCAUCACGUCUAAGUCGUCUGACAUCAUCUGUCGCUUCUUUAGCCAACUUCCACCGUCCGGUGCACGGCUGCAGGAGCACGUCGAGCCCUUUGAGAGAGAGCUCCUCCAGCUGCUCAACAUUGACUCAUCGACGGGAGCGGUCCCGAAAGCCAGGCCGUCGUUCCGCUUCGGCCUCGCACUCCAACGCUAUACCCUCAUUGCCGUCCCGCACAAGAUCCUCGUCUUGCAUCGCGCCUUCUGCUCUCGAAGACCUUCGUCCGAAGCCGAGAGUGCGAAGUCGUACGAAAGGUGUCUGGAUGUCUCGCGGCGUAUCCUGGCCGAGUGCAAGGGCAUGGCGCUCCAGCAGCAGACGAGGCCAGAGGCCCAGGUUGAUGCUGUAUGGACGAUCUCGUACCAUGCCGUGGCAGCGGCCACUGCGCUCGCCCUCGAUCUUUUCCGUGCACCACAGACCAGAGGUGCGGGGGGCGCAGGCAAGAGGAAGGUGAGCCGGGAAGAAGUGUCAGAGGCCAAGGAUACGCUCGAGGCCUUUAGCCAGCGAAGCGCCAUCGCAAGGAGGGGCGUCGGGCUGGUGGGUGACCUUCUCAGAAAGUGGGAGGCGGCGGCUGGGCCGCCUCCGACGGCGAUGACGGCAGCCGCUCCUUCGACGACCGCAGGUCUCCCGUGGGAUGCGACGCCCGUAGACGAAGUGCCACAGGUUCAGAGUGGGGGAGGAGGAGGAGGAGGAGGACUAGCCGACGUGGAAAUGGACUGGGACAAGCUCAUGAACCUACUGGAGACGGUGCCAGACGUUGCAAGGCUCUUCGACGGGACGAUCGGUGGGGCUGCCACGUCGUGAAAUUGUCUUUGAAUCAUAAGUGUCACCAUGUACAGUACAAUACACUGAGGGAUCCCUCAACCCUCUGAACUAAAAUAUCUAUCAAUCAUCGUCGC